CGGGCACUCAUAAGCCUCGCCUUCCAACCAACCCAACCCUCGCAAUCUUCCCAGAACAACCAUGACCCAGAUGAUCCGCCCAGAACACACCGAUAACCGAGGGUUCUGCUACGGCGGCACGAUCCUGUCCUGGGUCGACAUCUGCGCCGGCAUCGCCGCCAAGAGACAUGCCGUAUACCCUUGCGUUACUGCCUCGGUCGAUGCCGUGCACUUCCUCCAUCCCGUCAAGUUGGGCGACAUCUGCAACUUGGUGGCCACGGUGAACCGCUCCUGGAGAAGCUCGAUGGAAAUCGGUGUCCGGGUCGAGACAGAGGACAUGCUAACUGGCGAGCGCAGAUACUGCUGCCAUGCCUAUCUCAUCUUCGUGGCCAUCAAAGACGGCAAGUCUGUGCCUGUGCCGCCGGUUGUUGCCGUCACGCCCAACGAGAUCCGCCGCUUCGAAGAGGCCGAUAUCCGUCGCAUGGAUCGCACGACCCGCAAGCGACUCUCGCAGGCCCAUGUUCCCAAACCGAUCACGGCCCCAGCGCAACUCGAGAGCACCGAAACUCCCCGCGACUCGACCAUCAGAGCGCCGGUCAUCGCAUCGACAUCGCAGUCCGAGCGCACUUGCGACGAAAGCUAUACUGAGGUCGUCGAGAUUGUGUUUCCAGAGCACGCCAACAGCUAUGGAAUCACAUUCGGUGGCCAGAUCAUGAAGUGGAUGGAGUAUUGUGCUGCUAUGGCUGGAUAUCGCCACUGCCGAUCGCAUCUCUUGACUGCCGGACUGGAUAGCCUGACCUUUAUGCGACCAACAAAGGUCGGCGAUAUCGUGUGCAUCCGCGGUAUUGUGUCCAAGGCUUUUGAUCACUCCGUCGAGGUCUACGUUACGGUCGAGAUCGAGGACAUGCACACCGGCGAAGGCGUGAUAACUAAUGAUGGCUGGCUCACCAUGGUCGCAGUCAACGACGCCGGCCAGCCCCAAAAGAUCCCAGCGACCGUCCCAGCAACCGAGGAGCAAAAGUCUCGAUUUGCUCGUGCUGGCGAGCGCCGCGAGCGUCGUCUCCAGGAAAAGGCCAACAUCCGGGGAUAGCCAAGUCGCUCGGAACAGGGCGACCUCGGAAAGUCGAUCGCCUGACUUGCACUUGGGAUGCUGCCGCUUGCUGAUCAUCGCCAUCGACCAAUGGCUCCUCAAGUGUGCCGCGAUGAUACAGGCACCUCUAAUACAGUCCUUCCACAAGCAAGUGGGGCAGAG